UCGAACCUGGAGAUGCCCCACUCUCCUAUCAGCAGCCUCAAAACGGACUAGGAUAACCUCCCUCCACCACGCACAGCUUCGCCGAGUAUCCUUCUUUGAUGCCUCCACUCGCUCCCCUAUUCCUCGUCAUGAGCCAUCACGUGUAAGCGAACUUUUGAUAGACGAUGAGUAGCAACAGUAACAGAAAUGGAACUUUCAUGGGCCCAAAGCCCACGAAAGCAUGCGUCAAUUGCAGACGUCAAAAGAUGAAAUGCGAGGUAGAAGAUCAAUCAUCCACUUGCAAACGAUGCCGGUUGAGUCAAAUCCCUUGUAUAUUUAAACCGCGGGCAAAUGCCGCUGCUGUAGUUCAUGAGCUUCCACCACCAUCUCAUGCUAUUGCAGGACAUGCAAGCAAUACGGCCCAACCGACGCUUGAUCCUCAGACAGUCCUUUCCCGGCUCGAUACGAUCGAGGCAUUACUUGGCAUUGUCUCUUCUCCUCGCCCGGUCUUGGACGAUGAUGUAUGUCUACGCCCAACAGAUGCUGACUCGGCAUUCCAUGGCGUCUUUGCUGCAGCGAUGCAUCUGAAGACGACAACUCGACCUCCGCAAACCCCGAAGAUAUGGUCUCGUGAUGUUAUCAAGCAGCUCUGGCUAUCCUUUCACAAGAAUAUGCCCGGGCUGCAUUUCUUGUCAAAGAAGAAGACUUCAUCUACGCCCACUCCACUUCUACUUGCUGCGAUACUCUACGUUUCAGCUCUACAUCAUCAAUCUCCCGACUUUGCAGGCUUAGCUCCUGGUUAUUUUGUUGCAACAUGUAGUGCUAUCUCAGAAUUAGCAGUGCCUAUUCAGGCUGCCUCACGAGCUUCCAAAGAUGGACCUAAUCAAGAGAAGACAAAGUUGAGCGAGGAGCAGAGAGGGUUUCAGAAUGUACUGGGUCUCAUACUUGCUGGACUCAUCUCUGAAGCUUUCAUUGAGACUGCUGGCCUGUGGAUAACGAUGGGAUAUCGACUCACGCUUGAUCAUUGCCCCGUUCACAUCGAUGAACGCUCCCACGAAUGGAGAGGCUUGUUCUCAGGACUACAAAUCAUCGAUCUCGAACAUGCCUCAUUGCAUAUGUCCUGCCCAAUUGUCCCAAAAGAAGCACCGUUGCCAUCUUUGCGGCAGCUUCAGACAGCAGCCAAAGACCCUUUUUACAGUCUCACACAGAUGAUGCAUACCGGCCUUAGCCAUUUCACUGGCAGAGGGCUGCCCACAAUAUGGUCCUUCAUCUCCUCGAAUCAGGUCGAUAGCGCACAGCGUACGCCAGCCGUCUUUACUGAAGCAGAUAGUAAGGUGAUCCGAGAGUGGGCAAGACAAUUGGAUGAUUGGCUUGUGCAAUGGAACAAGCCCAAUGACCCAGACCACGACUCCCUAAUGAUCUUCCGCCAAUACAGUCUUCACCGACUGUUCGUCCUCUCAAUUUAUCAUCCCGCACGCGGCUUUGACCUCUUUGCCAACAAUGUUGCGAAUAUGGAACGGCACGAGCUGUUAAUAUCUGCCAGAGCUACGCUGAAGCUGCAAAAUGAGGAUAAAGGAAUCUGGUCCAACUGGGACCUUGUGAUGAUAACCUGGGCAGCUCUCCUCGUACUCCAAGGCAUCGAAGGCGGAGUUGGAGAAUCAGAUGACUUCAUCCUCAUCCAAACGCACCUAAACAUGCUCCAAACAACCCACCAACCCGAGCCCUCCCUGCGGCACACCCUCGCCUCCCGCCUCGAGUCCUCCCUCCAAAACAUGCACACGCCGCGUCCGGCACCCGAACUCCUUUCCACCUCAGCUCAAGUAUACAACAACGAAUGGGCGAUCUUUGACAGUAACAGCAUUUUGCAGUUUCAGAAUAUCGGGCCGGGGACUGGCAAUGGGGUGGGGAUGAGUGGAUUCGGUGCACAACAGCAGUUUGGGGAUAUGGAUGCGCAGUGGUUGAGUGGCGAGCAGUAUUCUGACGCGUGGCAGAGCACCAUGUUUAGGAUUUUCGGGAGUGGGAAUGAGAAUCAGGAGAUGGGGAUGGAGAUGGGUGGGAAUGGGAUGGUAUGAAUAUUACAUCAACAUACAGAAACAGCGGAAGUCGGAGCAUUCAAUCCUUCAAUGUACAGUACUUAGAUCUUCGUGUAAUCAACUUCGUUAACUCUCAACCUCCAUCUCUGGGCUCGUGUAUCAAAAACAAGCUAGCGUGAAUUUGCCCUUCCUCAGCCUCGCUUUUCCUCAGCCUAACCCACAAACGAAAUUUCAUAACUAUGUAAAUUUAAAUAAGCAUUUCCUCCCCAGCAAGCCCGGUUAGGCCACCCAGAAAGUGGGUGGCCAAAAGACCGACCGGGUUUGUCGCUGACUCGCCACCGUGCCUCCUAACGACAACUUAACUACGCCAUUCCCUCCGCCACCGCGAACAAGCUAUGCGCUUGGGCGCCCGGGCACACAGUACUUCGGUAAUAAUA